AAUAAAAUUUACCAGCCGCAGUGUAGAAGGUUAAACACGCUAGGUGACAGUCAUUUCUAUUUAAAGCAAUUUUCUUCGUCUACAUAACAUCAUCAUUAUGCAAAUCACUUACACUUAUGGCACUCUUAUUUCAUGCGAGCAGAGAAUUUUUCAUUUGAGAAGACAAUAUGGAAUCACACGUCGCUAACUAUCCACAAGGAAGACCUCCUACUCCUCCUUCAGAUCGCAAAGGUAGCAUUACUAAUCCCGCUGAACACCAAAAUAUCAUACAUAGUGGUGCUCCAUAUCUCCAGCACCAACCUCGACAAGAUCAAUCCUCGUUACAAGACAUUUCUUACUUAGAUAAGGAGCAUAGUAACUUGCAACAUUCUUCCGGUUUACCUCCUGUUGCCACGGCUCCAAGCGCCCCCGUUGCUCCUGCUAGAGCUCCUGCUCCUGCUCCUGCUGAUGUAGAUACUCUCAACGAUGGACCUUCGAAUCCUUUCUUGAGGAAGUCUCAUGGAGCCACAACUGGCAAUGAGCCCCAUUUGAGUGAUACCCCAUUGGCUUCCACUGCUACAUCUACUUCUGGCAACGCUACAAGAAAUUUACACUCACUGAGCCGUGGACGAAACGAAACUACUUAUCGGAUUGAAAGAGAGGUGCUCGAUAUUCUGAAAUGGCGCAAUCCUGUUCGUUCAGCUAUGGUAUUCGCUUCUCUCGUAGGAUCUAUUUUACUGACUCGCUGGUACUCACUUUUGCAAAUCGGUUCUGCCUCUGUUACAAUUGCUAUUGCUAUCAAUUUGUUUUAUGUCCAUUUCAUCAUGCAGAGCCAGAAGGUUCUCAAUAAUCAACAGACAGCUACACAUCCUUACAGUGAUGUCAUUAACAACAAUCAACACACAAUGAUGAUUGAUCGUCAAAGCGUCCGCCAUUAUACUUCUAUUGUUACUGACGUUGCUGAAACCGUCAUUCGUGCUUUAACCCGUAUCAUUUUUAUCGAAGACACCAAGACAAGUCUUAAAUGGAUGGCUAUUUUCUUUACUGUCUGGAAGGUCUCUGCUCAUAUGAAGACAAUGAACAUUGUUCUUGCUGUCAUUAUCUCUGCAUUCAUCUUCCCUCGCCUUUACAUUAGUAACAAGGACGUUGUGGAUGCCCAUUUGCAAAAAGGACAAACUCUUGUUCAAAACGGUAUUCAACAUGCUCAAAACGUCGCCACAAAUGCUGCUCAAGAUACUUACGCUAAAUCAAGAGCAUUUGUCGCAAAGAUUGGUACCUCCAAAACCGAUGCGAAGAAUACCUUGUUGAACUCUUCAGUCACUGUCAAGGAAGACUAAAGAAACUCAAUACCAAUAUCUACACUUUCACUUGUACAUAAUUAUUCUUUUCUUCAUACGAUUGUAAUGUUAUUCAAAAACCUCAAAAAGCUGCAAUAAAAAAAAAGAUUUUCCCUAGCCCCUGGUUAUC